CUGCGCAGGCGCAGUGUGGUUCGGCGCUCGAGCUGUCCGGAGGUUGGGAACGUUUGGUGUUUUGAAAAAAAAACCGCCUUUUUUAAAAACAGAAUAAUAAACGUGAAGCAACGGCGGAUUUUCCGGGAAGGAAGCGGCGAGGAAGAGAAUGCCAGCCAAAACCUUUCCAGAUGGUGAAAUAGUAAUGGGCCGUUGGCCAGGGGGUCAUCUCUACUACGAGGUGCAAGUGACAAGUUACAACAAGAACACUCAGUUGUAUACAGUAAAGUACAAGGAUGGGACUGAACUGAGCCUAAAAGAAAAUGAUAUUAAGCCUAUAAGUUAUUUUAAACGAAAAAGAAGCAGUUCAAGGUCAAAUUCCCGACAGCGCAGUCGCUCUCGAUCACGGUCUCCUGCUAGGACUCAGACACCCAAGCACUCAAACUCCCGUGACAGAGAAUCUAGGAAACAAGUGGAGAACGAGGAAGUGCAAAAUGAAGACUUAAGUAAACCUGUUUAUCAGGUCCAGGAAAACUACACCAACAACAAAAAUACCUAUGUGACUGACUACCCAGAUGAAAAAGAGAAGAACAAGAGCAUCUACAGACGUUUUGAGCACAAGACCUGUAAAGAAGUUGUAACCGAUCAGUUGGAUCCUUGCAAUCUGCAAGCCAAGGGGGAAGAGGCAAAAUUUGUACACCUGGAUGCAAAGGAUGGCCACCUAUAUGUUAAAAAACAAGUGGUGCAGAUCCAAGAGCAGGGGUUUGGAACGCGUGUUGGUGCUGCCUUCAUGAUAUUUUUGUUGCCGGCUACCCUCAUUCUCUUGCUGUUGAUGUGUGAACAAAAGGAUCCCAGUAUUCUCAGUUUUCCACCUCAAAUCCCAGCUCUCCAGACGCUAUGGAAUGGUACUGCCCUUGGCAUCUUUGUCCUGUGGUUCCUUUUUCAGGCACUACUUUAUCUUUUGCCAAUUGGGAAGGUUGUUGAUGGCGUGCUACUAGCAAAUGGAAAGACACUUAAAUACAGAAUCAAUGCAUUCUAUGCCUUUCUGAUGUGCGCUAUGGCAGUAGGAGUUGCUCUAUACAAUGAGCUGAAUCUGAGCUACAUCCAUGAUUACUUGCGACAACUUGCAGUCUCUGCCAUGAUAUUUGCCUUUGUGUUCAGUAUUUAUUUGUAUGUGCGUUCCUGGCGUGUUCCUGCAGAUGAACUGGCACCUGAAGGAAAUUCUGGUAGCUUUGUUUAUGACUUCUUCAUUGGACGUGAAUUGAAUCCACGCAUUAGAAAUUUUGAUCUGAAGUACUUCUGUGAGCUACGCCCAGGUUUGAUUGGAUGGGUUGUCAUUAACUUGGGAUUGCUGUUUGCUGAGAUGAAAGUGCAGAACCGUGAUGUUCCUUCAUUGGCGAUGAUCCUUGUAAACAGCUUCCAGCUUCUCUAUGUACUUGAUGCACUAUGGAAUGAGGCUGCAAUUCUGACUACGAUGGAUAUUGUGCAUGAAGGCUUUGGCUACAUGCUGGCAUUUGGCAAUCUGGUCUGGGUCCCAUUUGUGUACAGUCUACAAGCUUUCUAUCUGGUUAAUCAUCCGAAUGAACUGAGCUGGCCCUUAGCCCUGGCAAUCAUCGCUCUCAACACUGUCGGGUAUAUCAUAUUUCGGGCUGCUAACUCACAGAAGAAUGCGUUCAGAAGAGAUCCUCAUGACCCUAAAUUGGCACAUUUGAAAACUAUUCCCACUGCAACAGGGAAGAGUCUGAUUGUUUCUGGAUGGUGGGGAACCGUUCGUCACCCAAACUACCUGGGAGACCUCAUCAUGGCUUUGGCUUGGUCGUUGCCUUGUGGGUUUAACCACAUCCUUCCAUAUUUCUAUAUAAUUUACUUCACUUGCUUGCUCAUUCAUCGUGAGGCCAGAGAUGAGCAUCAGUGCAGAAAAAAAUACGGUGUGGCUUGGAAUAAGUACCGCCAGCUGGUCCCAUAUCGGAUUGUACCCUACAUCUACUGAGCCAGUCUCUGUACACAAGGUCUGAUGAUUAAAAGUAAAACACAAGAUGAAGACAGAUUAUUCAUUUGGUAUUAAUCAUGCAACCUGUUUUAAAAAAUAUAUAUUUAUUUUUUUCAUCUCUAUCCUGUCCUGUCACAUUUUUAGAAAUAAAAUCCUAAAAUUAUCCACGUGCUUUUUCAUCACAAAGCAUAGAAGCUUUCUAACAACUUCAGACUUUUUGUCACUUGACACAUGGAUAAUUGUUCCUUGUUGUGCAGUUUUUCCAUUGCACAUAAGUCUUCUUUUUUCUCAGGCAUUUGUCAAAUUUCAACAUUCUAAAUUUGGUACUUUAAUGUUUGUCAUGACUCACUUUUAAGAUCAUAAAAUUUGUUCUUUGACCCCUUAUUGCCAAACAUAACAUCCCUUACAGUGAAAUGGCUACUUUUUACAACGGUCUCCAUUAUUUUCUUUCAUUUCUUCCUACUUGGGUCAUGACAUACAUUGUCUUAUCUUAUCUUAUCCACUAAUAUUUCACACUCACAAUUAAGGGCCUAUUCGAUAAAAACUUUUCGAAUUAAAAAAAAAAAUCACACCUGUCACAGCAGUUUUGCACCAUCUUGUAUAAUCUCCCCUUGUUCUUGGUUAAUUUGACUUUGAGAUAUUUCUCCUUCCCUCAUCUCACUGCCUCCAACUUUACUCUAGCUAAAAUAAAAAAAUAAAGCAAGCAUCCUGCAAUCAGAUUCCAGAAUACUUCCAAACCUAUUAAACACCUCAAGAAGUCUUAAAACUAGAACUACUUCCUGAUUCUGUUUUGUUCGUGUUUUUACUGGAUGUCUUGAUAAAAUAUCAUAAAAGAAACAUCUUUACAACAGCAAUCAAAAUGCAUCUUAGCCACUUAGUUUCAUUGAAUGUUCUGGUGUCUGAAAUAGAGUGAGUGGGCUGUCUGGUUUGAAUCAUGUUAUUGGUGUGUAUGCAUUAGUUUAAGGAGAAAUGGGUCUAUUAACUGGAUUGAAGGAAGAUUAUACUCUUAGAUAUUGUGAACUAAAAUCUCAGCAAUUUGAUUUUUUUUGCUGUUGUUUUGCAAGGUGUUUGUUAACCUAAAAACUUAAUUUCUAAUUGGGUGAAAAUUUGCUUAAAAUGUUGUGACUGUGUUGGUUUUUAGCAGUUAGCAAAGACCAAAAGUAGAAGGAUACAAGGUAGUUAGGUAAAAUAACUGCUUUUCCUAUUCUGUUGAGUGACUGGUGAAGGGUAUUGCAUUGUUUUGGAAAUGGGCAGUGAGUUCUGCGAAUCUGUACACUCAUUUCCACUGAGGCCCAUUUUCACUGAUUGUAUUAUGAUUGAAAAUGAAAUAAGUUGAUUCGGUCCCUAUUUCUAGCUCUUGAAAAGUUGUACUGUGAAAAUAUAAAACAUUUUAAAUGGGUUUCAGACAUGGAAUUUCCUUCCUUGAUUGUGGUCCACCAGCUAGAAACCACUGUCACAAAAUCAAUUGGAAGUGCUUUGUGUUUUGAGUUGACAUGAUUACAACAUGGGGAAAUGGCAGGUAGAUUUCCCUAACACAGUAUACAGCAAGUUAUUUCACAUGGUUGGGUUUUCACUCAGCACAUAAACACCCAAUUUCACUGCCUGCCUUGCUCGGUCUGUUGUAUCAUGAUUCUUUUCUUUUCCAAAGUGCUGUUUUAAUUGGCAUGUGCAUUAAACUGAUAUAAAA